AUGUCAUCCGAAACCGCAGGUAAGCCUAUUGAAUGUGUUGCUGCUGUUGCCUACGAGGCAGGCAAGCCAUUGACCGUUGAGAAGAUCACUGUUGAUGCCCCAAAGGCGCACGAAGUCCGUGUGAAGGUGACACACACCGCAGUGUGCCACACCGACGCUUACACUCUGUCUGGUGUUGAUCCAGAGGGUGCGUUCCCAUGUAUCUUGGGUCACGAGGGUGCCGGUAUUGUUGAGUCUGUUGGUGAAGGUGUCACCAACGUUAAGGUUGGUGAUCACGUGGUUUUGUUGUACACAGCAGAGUGUGGUGAAUGUAAGUUCUGCAAGAGCAACAAGACGAACUUGUGUGGGUCCGUGAGGGCUACCCAGGGUAAGGGUGUUAUGCCAGACGGGACCACACGUUUCCACAAUGCGAAGGGCGAACCUUUGUUGCAUUUCAUGGGGUGUUCCACUUUUUCGCAAUACACCGUUGUUGCCGAUGUUUCUUUAGUUGCUAUUGAUCCAAAGGCUCCGCUAUCAUCUGUGUGUCUAUUGGGCUGUGGUGUGACGACCGGUUACGGUGCAGCUGUCAAGACGGCCAAUGUGCAAAAGGGCGACACCGUUGCUGUGUUUGGUGCCGGUACUGUUGGUUUGUCUGUUGUUCAAGGUGCUAAGGCCAGAGGAGCUUCCAAGAUCAUUGUGGUUGAUGUCAACGACCAAAAGAAGCAAUGGUCGUUCGACUUUGGUGCUACCGACUUUGUCAACCCAACCAAGGACUUGAAGGAGGGCGAGACUAUCGUUUCCAAGUUGAUUGACAUGACCGAUGGUGGUUUGGACUUCACCUUUGACUGUACCGGUAACGUCAAGGUGAUGAGAGAUGCUCUAGAAGCGUGCCACAAGGGCUGGGGUCAAUCCAUCAUCAUUGGUGUCGCUGCUGCUGGCCAAGAAAUCUCCACCAGACCAUUCCAGCUAGUCACUGGUAGAGUGUGGAAGGGUUCUGCAUUCGGUGGUAUCAAGGGUAGAUCGGAAAUGGGCCAAUUGGUGUCCAGCUACCAAAAGGGUGACUUGAAGGUGGACGAUUUCAUCACCCACAAGAGACCAUUCACCGAAAUCAACGCUGCCUUUGAAGACUUGCACCACGGUGACUGUUUGAGAACCGUCUUGGAUUUGGAGAAAUAA